GUAUGAACUUAAAUAUUAAAAAAAGUCGCAUAAUUUGUUUGGUUGAUCUAGAUUGGAUGAUACUGUAUUAUGGACUCGGAGUUCUUAAUCCAAACUUGAAUUUAUCCAAAUCCGAAUCAAACCCGACCAACCCAUUGGCCCCCCCUCCUAUCCAUCGCCUCUGUCGCAGAAACCAGCUAGGGUUUUUGGAACGAAAGAAAGGCAUUAGCACGUAACCACUCCGGGCUCCUUUCUAUCGAUACACAGUUGAGGAGGCCAACCCUUGACGAGAUUCAAUAAUUUCGACGCAACAGACUGCUGCCAAUGGAUGCGCUGAUUGCCUCCGCGAAGAAAGAUGUACUUGUUCACCUUGUGAAGUUAUCCCAAAAAUGUGGAAUGAAAGGAAGCAAAGGACGUUGGAAGGAUUUUUUGCAAUUUUACGACAAGAAGUUUGGUUUUAGCAUGUCUGACCCUGCUAGGAGAUCUGUUGAAGACUUAGCUGCAUUUUUGAAAACAUUUAGUCAGGAUGAGGAUUUAAAGAUAUUUGAAAAGGUUUUGCAGUGUCAUGCCAAUCGUGAUGCCAUGAUUGAAUUCCAAAAACGUUCAGAAAACUGUGAAUCCCCUGAACAGAGGCUAGUUUGCUCAACUCUUAACCACCCUCAGUAUGCAGUUGAUUAUUCCCUACCAUCGUACGAAGAGGGCUGGUUAGUUACCAAAUGCAGUAAAAAGUCCAAGGGAAUGAAAUCGACUAAAAUGCUUGCAAUUGAUUGCGAGAUGGCCCUUUGUAAAGAUGGAACAGAAGCUUUAAUCCGUGUCUGUGUUGUUGAUCAAAAUUUUAAGGUUAAACUUGAUAAAUUUGUAAAGCCAAGUAAAACAAUCACAGAUUACCGAACAGAUAUUACUGGAAUUAAUGCUUCUGACUUAGAUGGAGUUACAUGUUCCUUGAAUGAUGUACAGGAAUCUAUGAAGAAACUGUUGGCUCAUGGGAAGAUAUUAGUAGGCCACGGUUUAUGCAAUGAUCUUCGAGCUUUACAGAUAGAUCAUGCAAAAGUUAUUGACACAGCUUAUGUCUUCAAAUACCAGGAUGCUCCUAACAGAAGACCUUCUUUAAGUAACUUGUGUAAAUUUGUGCUAGGCUAUGAACUCCGAGAGAAUGGAUGUCCCCAUAAUUGCUUGGAUGAUGCAAUUGCAGCAAUGAAACUUGUCAAGAAAAAAGUUGAGCACGAUUUUGAUGAUUCUAUACCUUUUACCCCCCGUGAGGAGGGUGGUGAAGAAAAAGACAGGAUGGCAAAGCUGCUUAUCCACAGGAUACCCUUAGGCAUUCGUCGUACGGGUUUGCAUGAAAUAAUUUCUGGAGAGUUCACCAUUCAAAUGAAGUAUAAGGCAUAUAGAAAGCAACUGGGUAAGUAUUCCGCAUUUGCAAUUUUCAAGAAUCAGCAAGAAGCAAAUGAGGCAUAUGAGAAGCUUGAAGGUACCCAAGAAAAGGACACUUUUGGACGGCCUCAGAAGCUCGUUUCGUUCCAACUCGACACUGGAGUGUCCGGGAGUCUUUGCGUUCGCAAUAUGGCUUGUGGAGAUCCUGACGAAAACCCAACAGCCAAACGCUCCUUACAAGACGAGGAGGAGCCCUUGGAGGAGAAAUCCAAGAAAGUCAAGACGGAUCAUCUUCAUCGUGAUGAUCAAGGUGAAGAAGAAGAAGAAGAGCUUGGCAUGAACAAUGGCAGCGAGUGUGGGGCCCACUCUGCGGAGAUUGAACGGUUGAAGUGAGAACUGAGACAAAGAGACGAAGAAGAGUUUUGAUUUUUUUUACCAAAGGUUGGAUGUAUUUGGUUUGUGUAUUUAUUAUGCUGCUCAUUGUAGUUUAAGAGUGUCAUACGGAGUAGUAGAAAUCUUGUUUUCUAUGUUGAGUAUUACUGAGUUGGGGUUUUGAAAUUUACCCGACAUUUGGGUGCCUGGAUUUUACUGUCCCGCUGUAAGUUUAGAGUAUGACACGGUGAAAACUUCUUGUACUAUUGUUGAGUUUUGAAGCAUAGACAAUAAUUUGUCAUUAAAGAU